UUGUAAUAAGCAGUUUUCUCUGUUUUAUGUCUCCAUUAGCUCAGCAAAGUUUUUAGCCAAUCAUUACUGCCUGCUUUUAUCCUAAAAAGUCGGGGCUAGCCAGCUUUAGCUAUUUAUCUAAAAGCUGCUGCUAAUCUGUACAAGGACUCAGCACUCCAAUGAGAAAGACAUGGUUAUCUAAACAAGUAAGUUUGUGUUUAUCAAGCCAAGAAAUCUUUUUUAUCCUAUAAAACAAGCUAAAAUAUUACUGAAGUUUGAAUAUUUUCUCAUAUUUUUUCAGUUUCAAAAGACUACAGUGAUUGAUUCUCUGUCUGUUGUCAUGAAAAUAACUUUUAAAGGCUGUAUAUGUGAAUAAAUGACUUGUGGUUGUUGUAGUGAACAUGUUAGUGUUAGAUGGCCGAUACACAGGUAAUGGUAGCUAACAAGUCACAGCAGCAACACAUACUGUACAGUUUCUCAGAGUACAAAGUACACAGGCUCGCAUGUCAGCCUGUAGACUGUUAAAACCUUUGGAUCUCAGCUAAACAUCUUCCAUGUUUGUGUAGAGAUACAUGAAAACAGACUUCUUCCUCUGGUGAGUAAAGCCACAGUAGUUUUUACUAUGAAAUUGUAAUUUCGAUGCACCGUUCCUAAGAUGAGUUAUUUGAGAUAUUUCUCUAAAAAUUCAAAGUUUAAUAAAGCAUGCUUAGUCUGGCUGAACUGGCAGAAUUUAGCUGAGACAACACUACAAGCAAAAAAAUAUUAUUCUAUUGAAUAAUUUAAUAUCUUAGUAAAAUUAAAAUUCAAUGAAGUGGAAAAUGUAAUGACUCAAAGGGAAACAUCAUGUUUUCAAUUCAUCUGGGCUCAAAGGUACUCAAAGGUAGUAAAUAUAUUUUUGAUUAAAAACACACAUUUUGCUGCUUAAAUGAGGUUUAAGUGGAAUUAAGUUUAAUGUGACUGUAGAAAGGGGUUGGUCUUCCUGGUAUCCAUAUCCAUAUUUCAAUAAACUCACUAUUUAAUAUAAGACAUGGGGGUUUAUAAACAUAAGGCUGAUUUGAUCCAUUUAAUGUCAUUUAAUGGCAAAUAAAUGUGUAAGAGCAAAAUCUGAAUCAUUCAUAAAAUGCAGAAAAUGUUUCUAAAUAUUUGAAGCACCUUAAAAGUUCAGGCCAAGCUCAUCAUCAAAUAAUAGUAAUUAUAAUACAAGUAAUACCAGUACUAAUACUAUAGUGUUAAUAAUGCUAUUACUAAUAAUGAUGAUAAUAAUAUAAUUGAGUUGGGGGUUGGCAGAGGAGCAGACUCAAAAAACGUUGGCUUUUGAAAUAUCUUUCGGUUGUUGGGGUUUCUUUAAUGUGGAAUGUUUCCGGGUACACAGCAAAAGAAAGUUUUUCAUUCUGUGGUGAAGCUGUGUGGUGUCCCAGUACCAGAAAAAGGAUUUCUUUUUUUUCUUCCAUUUUUUCUCUUUGACACUUCCUCAGAUUUAGUUCUGCUUAAAUCCACAGAAUCUCCAUUCAAACAGAAGUGAUGCUCCCUGGAAGAGUGAUGGCUCAAACACGAACAUGCUAGAAACUUCCUCUUCAAAAUACUCAAGUUAUUGGUCCAUGCUCUAAGUGAAUCUACAGUAUGCAAUGAAUCACAUGGAGGACCGAGAGGAGGGGGUCCCUCCCCGUAAAACCACUCUGUGUGGGGAAACUGGCAGCCUGACCAAAGCUCAGAGCCCAGAACAGCAGCAUGGACCAGACUUUCUCAGACCUGGACCUGAACCUGAACUCAGCGGUGUGUCCAUCAAGAGUGAAGCGUCCAUGGAGCAUCCUUAUAAUUUUAAAGGGCAACAUUCUUCUGAAACACAGAUCCAGCAGCAAAGACGAGGCUGUUCUGUGCCCACCUGUGUGUCCAUGAAGAGUGACCGCUCCAAGGGUACACCUAUUUGCUUCAGAGAUAAGGACAACUCUGCUAAGCAAAGAGAUCAUGAGGAGAAUUCAGAUGUUCCCAGUGGUCAGUCUUCACAGCAGGAUCAAACAGAUCUGGACUCUGUAUUUAUGCUGCUCGAGGACAAAAUUGGCAGUUUUGUGAAAAAUGAACUUAAGAGAUUUCAGAUUGCUCUGAGUCAGAAGGAGAACAAGCAGGUGUUGGAUGGUGAGGAUGAAGAGCAAUGGAGCUGCAGAGAGGCAUUUCUGAAGAUAACACUGCACUUCCUAAGGAGAAUGAAGCAGAACGAUGUGGCUGACUGUCUGAUGAGCAGAAAUCAGAUGUGCAAGCAUAAACUCAAAUCCAACCUGAAGGAGAAGUUCCAGUGUGUGUUUGAAGGGAUUGCUAAAACAGGAAAUCCAACUCUUUUGCAUCAGAUCUACACGGAGCUCUACAUCACAGAGGGAGGGACUGGAAAGGUCAAUGAUGAACAUGAGGUCAGACAGAUUGAAUCAGCAUUCAGGAAACCAGACAGACCAGAAACAACAAUCAGAUGUGAAGACAUCUUUAAAUCCCCACCUGGAAGAGAUGAACCAAUCAGAACAGUGAUGACAAAGGGUGUGGCUGGCAUUGGGAAAACAGUCUUAACACAGAAGUUUACCCUGGACUGGGCUGAAGGCAAAGCCAACCAGGACAUACAGUUCACAUUUCCAUUCACUUUCAGAGAGCUGAAUGUACUGAAGGAGAAAAAGUGCAGCUUGGUGGAACUUGUUCAUCACUUCUUUACUGAAACCAGAGAAGCAGGAAUCUGCAGGUUUGAAGAUUUCCCAGUUUUGUUCAUCUUUGACGGUCUGGAUGAGUGUCGACUUCCUCUGGACUUCCACAACAAUGAGAUCCUGACUGAUGUUACAGAGUCAACCUCAGUGGAUGUGCUGCUGACAAACCUCAUCAGGGGGAAACUGCUUCCCUCUGCUCGCCUCUGGAUAACCACACGACCUGCAGCAGCCAAUCAGAUCCCUCCUGAGUGUGUUGACAUGGUGACAGAAGUCACAGGGUUCACUGACCCACAGAAGGAGGAGUACUUCAGGAAGAGAUUCACUGAUGAAGAACAGGCCAGCAGAAUCAUCUCUCACAUCAAGACAUCACGAAGCCUCCACAUCAUGUGCCACAUCCCAGUUUUCUGCUGGAUCACUGCCACAGUUCUGGAGGAUGUGUUGAAAACCAGAAAAGGAGGAGAGCUGCCCAAGACCCUGACUAAGAUGUACAUCCACUUUCUUGUGGUUCAGGUAAAACUGAAGAAUGUCAAGUAUGAUGGAGGAGCUGCUCCACACUGGAAUCCAGAGAGCAGGAAGAUGAUUGUGUCUCUGGGAAAACUGGCUUUUGAGCAGCUGCAGAAAGGCAACUUGAUCUUCUAUGAAUCAGAUCUGGCAGAGAGUGGCAUCGAUAUCAGAGCAGCCUCAGUGUACUCAGGAGUAUUCACACAGAUCUUUAAAGAGGAGAGAGGACUGUACCAGGACAAGGUGUUCUGCUUUGUCCAUCUGAGUGUUCAGGAGUUUCUGGCUGCUCUUCAUGUCCAUCUGACAUUCAUCAACUCUGAUGUCAAUCUGUUGUCAGAAGAACAGUCAACAUCCUUGUGGUCUCAAGUGUUUGGAGGCAAAUCUGAACCAAAACAUCUCCAAUGGCUUGCUGUGGACAAGUCCUUGCAGAGCCCAAAUGGACACCUGGACUUGUUCCUCCGUUUCUUUCUUGGUCUUUCAUUGGAGACCAAUCAAACCCUCUUACAAGGCAUUCUGACACAGGCAAGAAGUAGCUCAGAGAUCAGUCAGACAACGGCUGAGUACAUCAAAGGGAAGAUCAGGGAGAAUCUGUCUCCAGAAAGAAGCAUCAAUCUGUUCCACUGUCUGAAUGAACUGAAUGAUUGUUCUCUAAUUGAGGAGAUCCAGCAGUACCUGAGUUCAGGCAGUCUCUCCACAGAUAAACUGUCUCCUGCUCAGUGGUCUGCUCUGGUCUUCAUCUUAUUGUCAUCAGAAAAAGAUCUGGACGAGUUUGACCUGAAGAAAUACUGUGCUUCAGAGGAGGCUCUUCUGAGGCUGCUGCCAGUGGUCAAAGCCUCCAAAAAGUCUGUGCUCAGUGGCUGCAAUCUGUCAGAGAGAAGCUGUGAAGCUCUGGCCUCAGUUGUCAGCUCCCCUUUCUCUCGUCUGAGAGAACUGGAUCUGAGUGACAACGAGGUGCGGGAUUCAGGAGUGAAGUUGCUUUCUGCUGGACUGGAGAGUCCACAAUGUAAACUGCAAACCCUCAGGCUGUCAGGCUGUCUGGUCACAGAGGAAGGCUGUGCUUUCCUGGCGUCAGCUCUGAGAUAUAACCCCUCCCAUCUGAGAGAGCUGGACUUGAGCUACAAUCAUCCUGGAGACGCUGGAAUGAAGCUGCUGUCUGCUGGACUGGAGGAUCGUUGCUGGAAACUGGACGCUCUCAGGCUGGAUAAUUGCAGUGAAAAGAGGUUGACACCUGGCGUGAAGAAGUAUUUCUGUCCACUCACACUGGACACAAACACUGCAAACCGACAACUUAAACUGUCUGACAACAACAGGAGGGUGAAACGGCUACCACACAAACAACCAUAUCCUGAUCGUGCAGAAAGAUUUAAUUACUGCUGGCAGGUGCUGUGUAGAAAUGAUCUGACUGGUCGGUGUUACUGGGAGGUUGAGUGGAAUGGACUGGUUGCUGUUGCAGUGACGUACCGACGAAUCCACAGAAAAGGAAAGGAUGGUGAUUGCAGGCUCGGAUGGAAUGAUCAGUCCUGGAGUCUGUACUGCUCAAAGAAAUGUUACUCUGUUUGUCACAAUAGCAGAGUAACACAGAUCUCCCAUCCUCCUUCGUCUAAGAGAGUAGCAGUGUAUGUGGACUGUCCUGCUGGCACUCUGUCGUUCUACAGAGUCUCCUCUGACACACUGUUCCACCUCCACACCUUCAACACCACAUUCACUGAACCUCUUUAUCCUGCAUUUGGUUUUGGGCUUGGUUCUGGAUUUAAGUCCAGGUCUUCAGUGUCUUUGUGUGAGCUGUAGGAAGAACUCUUUGAGUAAAGAAAGACACAGCUGACUGAAAAGAGUGGCCGAAAUUGAUAAAUUUGUGCAAUUUCACAUGCAUGUGCAAUAGACAUUUUUAUUAACAUUGAUUAACUACUUUUAUUAGUAGAAGUAGUGAAAUUGUUUCCUAAGAAAUGUGUACAAAGUGUACUGACUUUGUAUUUGUAGAGAGAAGUUGGAGGUUUUCACAUUUAGUGGCCAGUGUACAGGAUUUGGCUGUUUUUUGCUGUGUCUGCAUGACUCGUGCUUGUUUUUCCUGCUAUUUUUAUGCAUCAGGUCACAACUCUGCACUUGUCUUAAACAUAUUCAUGUUGCCUUUUUAUAUUUUCAUUUGUUCUGGUCCUAUUCUUGGGCUGUGUUGUACAUUCCUCUACCACAGUAUGUUUUUUAAUGAAUAGGAGUAAAAUCACCUGAUUCAAAUUGUAUUUUAUUUAGCCUUGUGUUUUCUAUUAUUUCAUGAUGAAGAAAAAAGUUGAACUAAAUGAAUAACAAAGUGGCAAUGGAGGAAUGAAGCUUUCUGACACACUGAACCAUUUUGAAGCAGCUGAGCCAAACAGAAUUCAUUCUAUCAAGUGUUGAACAUAAUUUAAAUUCUGACAUCUGCUGGUCGACAUUUGCUUUUGCAACUAUGUGAAGGAAUCCAAAUCGACACAUUACCCAAUGAGGAAAAAUUACAAUGGCUUAAUCAAUGUCAUGUUUGGAUAUUUAGUUCAUUAAAUGAGAGAAACCCUU